CACUAAAAAGAAAAAAUGGCUAACCAGCAUUUCUCUCCACGAAUCCAUGGCUUCUCUGAACCAUUAUUCAUGGUUGUCUUCUCCUCUCACCGAGGCUCCCUCCUUCUUCCCGUCUCCUUCUUCACAACCCAAAUCCUGGAAACUCCCUCUCUCCCGAAACCAAUCUUCUCCGGAUUCCGACUCAUCGUCGCCGGCGGAGCCCUCGCCUUCUUCGGAUGUUGGGGCAGCAGUGGAUCCGGUUAAGCUCGCACUGAAGAGAGCUGAAUCUUACAAGAAAGCGAAGGCGGAGCAAGAGGACCGUGAGAGGAACGCCGGCGCCGGCAAUGGUGGAGAGGAAGUGCCGGUUUCGAUUAAGAUCGCGAUGCAAAAGGCUACGGAGUAUAAGAAGAACAAAGUUGUUUUCGGUUCGGGUGGAGAGAAUGGUCGAAAUGAAGCUGAACCCAGUUCGAGUGAAAACAGUUAUGAUGUAUCACCAAAUGAGGUUGUAGACAAUAAGAAGCAAGAGCUGAAGGUCUCCAGUAUUGAUUUCUUGGGGCUUGGCUUUGCGGAUAAGAAGAGUACAAGGGGGCUUCCGCCGGGACUGGUCCCCAUUGUAGACUCUUUUCCUGUGGGAGAUUUGCCUGAGGUGGAGAUCAUAGUUGGCGAUAAAAGAAAAUUUGAGGAGGCAGAGAUGCCAUUGCCUGCAGAGCCUGAGCAAGUUGGGGAGGAAAACUCUGAUGUAUAUAAGCCCAAAGUUUCAACAUGGGGUGUUUUCCCAAGACCUAGCAAUAUUUCUAAGACGUUUGGUGGUGGGAAGAAUAUUAGACCCGGGGAUUCACUUGAGACUGCUGAAGAGAAAGCUGCUAAAGAAGAAAAGACAAGGCGGUUGAUCGCUGCCUACAAGGAGCAAAUUGGAUUGAAUGUUGAUCCAAAACUCAAACUUGAGUGCGAGGAGGCAUUGGAGACUGGGAACUCAUUUAUGGAUUCUGGAAAACUCAAAGAAGCUUUACCCUAUUAUGAGAAGGUGAUGGAGAAAAUGGUUUUUAAGAGUGAGCUUCAUGGAUUAGCAGCUUUGCAGUGGUCUAUCUGCCAGGAUUCACUUCGAAAGUCAGAAAAAGCUCGGGUCAUGUACGAGAAGCUUCAAUCUCACCCAAAUCCAAAUGUGAGCAAGAAAGCAAGACAGUUUAUGUUCAGUUUCCAGGCAAUGGAAAUCAUGAAGCUUCGGGGCUCAAGCCUCUCACCGAGAAACACGCUGUACCAGAACUAUUUCGAAGCGUUUAUCAAAGACAAAAUCAAUUACGCAUCGCAAGACAAUGACGCUGAGGAUACGGGAAUAAAGCAGACCCUCCCUUAUGUGAUUUUUCUCGUGUCUCCAAUUCUGCUGGUGUUCAUUGUUGCUGUACAGAGAGGUAACAUGAAUUAAAGACAUAACUUUCUCGAGUUUUUCAUUCAAAGUGCUGUAGGUGCGGGACAAAAUCGGAUCAUACAGAUUCAGAUCUAAAUUUGUCGCUAUUUUUUUGUCCAAAACGUGUUUGUAUGUUUCAAGAUGACCUCAACAAAUGGAUCAUCAAGUGCAAGAGAUCA